AUGCCGCCGUCACCCGUCACACCCGUUGUGGCGCGGUCGAUAUCCUCUCUUCGAUAUUCUCUAACUCCAAAGCCGACGCCGUCUUCAAUCCUUCAUCCGACUUGUACUCGAUACCAAUCGCCUAUUCUCACAUUUAUCAGAUAUGCCACUCAUAAGACUUCUGGUGCUGCGAAUGGUCCUGGAGACUCUGCUGGUCGAAGAUUGGGUGCUAAGAAGGCUGGAGGUGAACGAGUCCGUAAAGGCAUGAUUCUAUUCCGUCAACGAGGAACACAAUGGUUCCCCGGAGAAAACGUCGGCAUGGGCCGGGAUCACACUCUCUAUGCACUGUGUCCUGGCUUCGUACGCCACUACCUUGAUCCUAAUCAGCCAAAGCGAAAGUUCAUCGGGAUAGCAGUCGAAGAGAACCAAAAGCUCCCAAAACCACCAAAUGCUGCGAGGACUAGAUUAUUGGGUUUGGUUCAAGUUAAGAUGUCGCCGGAAGAAGUUGCACAUUUGGAGAGGAAGGCUGCUGGAGAAAUAAAUCUGGAUAUUACUACUGUCGAGAAACGCCCUGGAAGUUACUUUGUUAAACCUUCAGGUUGGCGACUUGGGAAGUACAUCGAGGAAAAUCCCGUUUCGAUACCGAAGAGGAAUAAGAUGAGAUGGAGACGCUUGACAAGUUCGUUCGAGAAGAAGGUUGAAGCCAGAUUCAAGAGAUUGGCAGGCAGGACAGCCAAGGGAUCUAAGAAACAGAAGAGAAAGUAA